GGGAUUCUGAUAAAGAAAUUGAGAGUGAUUUAGAAAUUACUAAUAUUAGUAAUUUGGAAAAUGAUGUUAGCGAUUUUGAGAAUAAUUAUUCGAUUUGUAAUUUUUUGGAAAAUUUGCUAAAAUAG